AUGGAGAGAACUGGUUUGGUCAAACCCGUUGAUAAUAAUUUGGCUUUUAGUGGAACGAUAUGCGAAAAAACAACGAAUCAAUCUGACUAUAUUCCUAAGUAUGUCAAGAAAACGAUUCCAUUCAAAGAGUCGGAAAAAGUCGUCAAAAGUUCAGCUCCAUUGAAUGAUAAAUCAACGCAUCAGUAUGAUUUCACCAAAAAAAAGAUCGAGAAGAUCAAGCAAUUUAAGCCAAGUUAUUCUCAUUCGAUAUCAACUGACCCAUUUAACGCCAUUUCUUUAUCACAUCAAGAUUACGUAAACCACGAAAUUAAUAAAACAGUACCAAUAAGGCCUAGUGACGAACAAGGAUUGCCAAGAGAAGCUUUUGAAAUAUUGCUUUUGAUCCUUUUUUAUGGAACUACUGAACAUCGCGCAAAUUUCUAUAAGAAGUUGAUUCAACUUAAUCGGCAUAGCCGACAUAAUGAAGUAUAUCAACGUAGUAUAAAUGGAAAUGAGUUAAUGGAAAAGAAGACGACCUACUUACAUGAUUAUGUACCAGUGAAAUGUCAUCAUCAAUCACCGUUCAGACCGAAGGAAUCGCAAUAUGCUUCACAUAAUGCUUUUAUGGAUUUAACAACGCAUGCUUGUGAUUAUAUCAAUAGAACAAUCCAAAUAUGUCCAGCUCAAUAUGUUUUGACACGAGGGCGAAAAAGUUUCAAGUUGGUUGGAGAUUCAGGUGGACAUCGAUUCUAUCAAAGCAUCUAA